AUGCUGAGCAGGUUGAUGAGCGGCAGCAGCAGGAGCCUGGAGCGCGAGUACAGCUGCACCGUGCGGCUGCUGGACGACAGCGAGUACACCUGCACCAUCCAGAGAGAUGCCAAAGGCCAGUACCUGUUUGACCUUCUUUGCCACCACCUGAACCUUCUUGAGAAAGACUAUUUUGGGAUCCGCUUUGUGGACCCAGAUAAGCAGCGGCAUUGGUUGGAGUUCACAAAGUCUGUGGUGAAGCAGUUGAGAUCGCAGCCUCCGUUCACCAUGUGUUUCCGGGUGAAGUUUUACCCUGCAGAUCCUGCUGCGCUGAAAGAAGAAAUAACCAGGUAUUUAGUCUUCCUACAGAUCAAAAGGGAUCUCUACCAUGGCCGUCUCCUCUGUAAAACAUCAGAUGCUGCCUUGUUAGCAGCUUAUAUCCUUCAAGCGGAGAUUGGGGAUUAUGACCCAGGGAAACACCCUGAAGGCUACAGCUCCAAGUUCCAGUUUUUCCCGAAACAUUCAGAGAAGCUGGAAAGGAAAAUUGCUGAGAUUCACAAGACAGAACUCAGUGGUCAAACACCAGCAACAUCAGAGCUGAACUUUUUAAGAAAAGCACAGACAUUGGAGACGUAUGGAGUGGACCCUCACCCAUGUAAGGAUGUGUCAGGAAAUGCUGCAUUUCUGGCCUUCACUCCUUUUGGGUUUGUCGUUCUGCAAGGAAACAAGAGGGUCCACUUCAUUAAAUGUAUCCUGUUUGCCUCUUUUACUGCAGCCAUUCACUGGGCUGGUGGCUUCAAGGAUUUUUCUACAAAAACCCCUAAGCCCCUUUCCUGGAAUGAGGUGACCAAGCUGAAAUUUGAAGGAAAGACUUUCUAUUUAUACGUAAGUCAGAAAGAGGAAAAGAAAAUUAUUCUCACAUAUUUUGCUCCAACUCCAGAAGCAUGCAAGCACCUUUGGAAAUGUGGAAUCGAGAACCAAGCCUUCUACAAGCUGGAGAAGUCAAGCCAAGUCCGCACAGUGUCCAGCAGCAAUUUAUUCUUUAAAGGGAGCCGGUUUCGAUACAGUGGCCGAGUUGCAAAGGAAGUAAUGGAGUCGAGUGCAAAGAUCAAACGGGAGCCACCAGAAAUACACAGAGCAGGGAUGGUUCCCAGCCGCAGCUGUCCCUCCAUAACCCAUGGCCCAAGGCUGAGCAGUGUCCCUAGGACCCGGAGAAGAGCUGUUCACAUCUCCAUCAUGGAAGGCCUCGAGUCCCUCCGGGACAGUGCCCAUUCCACGCCAGUGCGUUCCUCCUCCCACGGGGACACCUUCCUGCCUCAUGUGAGAAGCAGCCGGGCAGAUAGCAAUGAGCGAGUCGCCGUGAUUGCAGACGAAGCCUACAGUCCUGCAGACAGUGUGCUGCCCACCCCUGUGGCUGAGCACAGCCUGGAGCUGAUGUUGCUUUCCCGGCAGAUCAAUGGGGCCACCUGCAGCAUCGAAGAAGAGAAGGAGUCUGAAGCCAGCACUCCAACAGCUACAGAGGUGGAGGCCCUUGGGGGAGAGCUGAGGGCCCUGUGUCAGGGGCACGGCAGGCCAGAGGAGGAACAGGUGAAUAAGUUUGUUUUAAGUGUCCUCCGUUUGCUCCUUGUGACCAUGGGACUCCUCUUUGUUUUGCUCCUCCUCCUGAUCAUCCUUACCGAGUCUGACCUUGACAUUGCCUUUUUCCGCGAUAUCCGCCAGACCCCCGAGUUUGAACAAUUCCACUAUCAAUACUUUUGUCCCCUCAGGCGAUGGUUUGCCUGCAAAAUCCGCUCAGUGGUGAGCCUGCUCAUUGACACCUGA